GUACGCGUUAUUUAUCAUUGUACAAAAAUAAUUCUGUUUUAUGAUGUGACAACGCAGUGAUUAAUGUCUGGUUAGGUUUAGGUACAAAAAACACUUGGUUAGGGUUAAGGAAAUAUGAUGGUUUUGGUUAAAAUGAUCUCUCUCGCGAGAUCUUUCGCAAAUCUAAGGUUACCACCUAAACAAGACGCUUCUUGUGGUGGACAGCGCGAAAUCCUGAUUAGAGGGUUGAUUGAUAUAGACUUCUCUUUAGUGUGUUUUCUCAUGGCAACAAUGAAGUUAAUUUAUCGGUAGAAAAUCAAACAAAAAAGAUACAGUAAUAAUACUAAUACAUCGUGGUCAUAAGAAGCUGCGUCUAUCAUGAUAGCAGCACAACAAGACAUGUUGCUCUGGAUUAUCUUUCCCAUCUCCCUCUCCCUGGUGUCCUUCAUCGGAACAUGGAGCGUAUAUGGCCUGGCCUUCUACAACAAUCAUGUGUGCUCCCUCAGUGACUGGGGGGGUAACAACUUCUGCAGUGGGAAUCUGUCCACUGACUGUUGCCACGUUCCCACCAUAAGCUCAAGUGGAACCAGAGCGCCAGAAAAUUCACUUUUUACAGCCACAAUCAAUGCUGGAUCCUUUCUGUUUCUGCUGUUCUGCAUAUUCCACCAUGCCCACAUCAUGGAGAAACAUGCAUGUCAUUCCAUGCUGAGCAGGAUUGCGAUGGCCUUUGGUGUGGUGGCAGCACUCGGGGCGUUCGCAGCUGGAAACUGCAACCCACAUUACCUGUCACUGCUGCACUACCUUGGAGCUGCCAUCAGUUUCCUGUGCAUCUGCUUCUACACUGUCCUGCUCACUGAUCUGACCAGGAAGUGUGUGCUGACGGGAUAUGAGAGGGUUCUCUACCCUUUACGCAUCGUCUCCACUACACUUCAAACCAUCGUCACCAUCUGCUAUACUAUUUUAUUUGCCCAGGACGAAUACUUUUAUAUCCAUUUGUCUGCCAUAUUCGAGUGGAUGCUCAGCGUCAACCUGGAGCUGUUUGAGCUCAGCUAUGUUGUGGAGUUCAGCUUCUUCUCGUCCUUCAUGCUUUCAAAUCUGCUGAGCAAAAGAGAGGAAGAAAAGCCUCUGAUGAUACAGAUGUCGUGAUAUCAGGCUGCCACGGUCCAGCUGGAGGAAAGCGAAGAGGGACUGAGUAAUACAUCUGUAAGGACAGUGGCUGGACUGUGGCUCGAAGACCAGUAAUUGACUCUUCUGCUGGGAUGGAUCAUUGAUAUCCACUAAUGGAUUAUGACCACUUUUAUUUCACCCUUUUGAUACUGUUGCCUAAAACUGUGUUAUUUUCUUUACUGGGUGUUUCCGUUCCUUAGAUAAAACAUUCCUUAUUUAUUGAAAAAAAAAACCUACAGCAUAUGAACAAAACACAUCAGUGAUGCUGCCAACAGAACAAGAACAAUUAAUCUCAGGUAUCAUACGUUUCUCUGUACUUUGUGCUAAUUAGAUUUUUGUGCAAUGCUCUUUUUGUUGGUUACAUAAUAGUCCUAUUAUGUGUCUGUCUAUUGGCAUUUCCAGUUUUAACAUGUGUACAAAUCACAUAGUGAAUAAGUUUACAUAGUAAAUCCCUCCACUCCCUCCCUCCCCACCCCACACUCCCAGAUCCUCUAGAUAGAGUAUAAUUUAGAAAAAUAAUAAAUUACACAAAUCAAGGACACUUAAGGACCAAAAAGUUAUUAAAAUCUCAUUGAUAGCUUAAUAUUAAGGUUCUUUAUUUGGUCUAAGCACUUGUAUAUUGCUCUGGCACUUUAAUAAAAUCAUGAAGACUAUACAAGCUGAGCAGUCCUGUUAUUCAGCUUGAAUGCAGAUUUGACGUAGUAGCUCCGUCAGAAGGGUGGAGCAAGUUAUACACCCCAUUCAGACUUGAACCUCUGUGGAAUCACAAGAUCCUGUUUGACUGGAUUAUUAACAAUUAUUUAGCAAAAAAAUGUUCCAACAGUUGAUUCACAGUACAUACUAAAGACGUCAACAGGCCAAGUUACAUAAACAGAAGCCUCUCAUGCCGCGGCUGUUGUGUCAUUUCCAUUACAGAAAUGUUAGGUGUGGUCUGUUUAAUGUAUUUCAGUGUAUGGUUGUGUCAAAUCAAACUAGUGGUUCUUUUUUUAUGGUAUUUAACUUUUGUAAAGCACCUUUAAAGGACACGUUCACAAUUUUUAAUAGUCAGAUGCCCAAAUGAACAUUGAAACAGGUUUUACUUGUAAUCAUUCCUCCUGUUCAUACUGACGUUUACAAGAUCACCUCCAAUUGAGCUUCUAAUGUAAGUGAUGGGGGACAAAAUCCAGUUGUUUUGAGCAAAAUGUACUUAAAACUUUAUCUG